GCUGAGUAGUUGCUGCAUACAGUUCCUCAGAAGUUAGAAGAAGGCUCCAGUAUAAGAAACGCGUUUAUUUAUCACAGCUCAACCUUCAACAAACUGAAUUUCACCUCUGGAACAGUCUCCUCUGAUCUUGGCACUAACAAGUGCAAAACCCGUCAGUCAUGGUGGACCAGACGUCAUUCAACCAGAAGAACCGGGAGCGGAUACAGGCGGUGGAAAAUUCCUUCGGGGCAUCAGGCAGAUCACUGAUGGAGCCAGGACGUGUGUUGAUUGGGGAGGGGCGGUUGCUAAAGUUGUGCCGUCGUCGGCCGAAACAAAAAGUAUUUUAUCUGUUCAAUGACAUCCUGGUCUAUGGGAGUAUCGUUCUCUCUGGCAAAUGGCACCAGAAGCAGCAGAUUAUCCCACUGGAGGAGGUAGAGCAGGAGGACCUGGAGGAUGGGCUGGGUAUGGUCAACCAGUGGCUGCUCCGCUCGCCUCGCAAAUCCUUCCCAGUGGCUGCUGCCUCGCCAGAGGAGAAGCAAGCCUGGAUGGACCACAUCGAGGAGAGCCGCCGCCAACAGAUUGCCCGCCUCGGCCUGAAGUCAGAGAUGAGGGGUAGUUUCGCCGCCACCUGGAUUCCUGACAGCGCGUCCGCCAUUUGCAUGCGCUGCUCGGAGCGCUUCGGGGUCACGCAGAGGCGCCACCACUGCCGCCGCUGCGGCUUUAUCGUCUGUAACAGCUGCUCCAAGGGUCGCACCUUGCUGGAGAACAUCUCCAGUAAGCCGGUGCGCGUCUGCCAGCUGUGCAUGUCCACACUGCAGGCAGAGCAACAGGAGAACCAGGCCCAGAGCAGGUCGUGGAGCAACUGCCGCUGGAAGAAGGACUCUGUGGAGGACAACCCAUAUGUGCUCAACGAUAAUGUCUCCAGCGAUGAGGAAUGUGAGGAGCUAGCUGAGAGCAAUGCGCCUACUCAGUGGGCCAACAGCCAGGACAGCUCCUGGUCACCGUACUGCUAUUUUAACCCAGAUCAUACAAAACCAGCUAGUCUGACAGCUUGACACCACUGAGAAUGGCAAACUAGUGGAGCAAAGACUAAAAGCUAAGAAAAGCUGAUAUUGCUGAAUACUGUAGCCAUAAGCUAUUUUCAACACUAAAACUUCCUGUAGUUCAAAAUGCUGACAUUUAAGGAGAACACGUUUAUCCUUGGCAUGAUAUUGUUUUUGCAUAUUAUUUUAAGGUAAUAUAUAUUUACAGUUUUAGUCAGGACCUAUUUAAUUUUUGUGCUUCAGUCUCUCAAAAGUAAGUGUUUUGAAUUUACUGACAGUUCCCAUACAACUCUUGUAAAUAUAAAGAAAAAAACACCUGCACCUUAUGGUAUAACCAAUAAAAUUAC